GUGAUACAAGACACUCCCACCCUUUUCUAAGAACAGUGCACGCAAUCUCUGAUAACUCACAGGCAGCAGCUAGCUGCCCUUUAUAAAAGUUGCUGAAGCUCUGCAUAGUUCCUCUCUGGGCUAGUUUCACAGAAAAGAUGAAGCUCCUUUACAUGGUUUUGUUCAAGACAGCUGUGCUGCUUUUUGCAAAUGGAUCUGCUGAGACAGAAGAUGGCACAGAAGGGGUCAGAGAAAGAAAGCUAAGUGAUGCUUGUCCUAUAAAGCUAAAAACCAGUGGGAAAUGUGAUGAAGAGGAAUGCCCAUAUCAGAUCACCAUGCCACAGAUGACCAUCCAGCUACCCAAGCAGUUUCAACUGAUUGAGAAAACCCUCAAAGAAGCGCAGAACCUUAAGGAAGCUGUAAACAACUUGAAGAAGUCCUGCCAAGACUGCAGGCUGCAGGCAGAUGACAAUCAAGAAAAGGACAGCAAUGAAUUCCUGCCACCCGGCACAGACAGUCUAACAGACAUACAAGAUAACCGAGUAAAAGAACUGCAAAACAAGGUUUCCAGGCUGUCAGCCAGUCUGAAGAAUGCAAAGAGCCAGAUCCAUUCUUUGCAGGGGCAGCUGGAGCAAAUGAACCUCCUGAACAUGAACAACGUGGAAACUUACAUUGAUGACAAAGUAGCCAACCUGACAUUUGCUCUGAAUCAUUUGGAUAAUAAAUGCUCUUCAAAAUGUGCAGCCACACAACCAAAUCCAGUUAUACAGCUUCUGCAAGCAGACUGUGCCAAUUAUUUUGCAUCAGGCAAACGGCGCAAUGGGAUCUACAGAAUCAUUCCUGAUCCAAAAAGUGAAAGCUUUGAUGUUUACUGUGACAUGGAAUCUAUGGGAGGUGGCUGGACAGUGUUCCAGAUGCGUCAGGAUGGCAGUACCAACUUCAACAGGACAUGGAAUGAAUACAAGAAUGGAUUUGGAAACCUCAGUAGAGAGUUCUGGCUAGGGAAUGACAAAAUUCAUGUUCUCACCAAAAGCAAGGAUAUGCAGUUGAGGAUUGAGCUUGAAGAUUUCAACGGAAAGAGAGAAUAUGCAAAGUAUGAUCAAUUUUAUGUGGCUAAUGAAUAUCUCAAAUACCGCCUAAGUGUUGGCAGUUACAGUGGCACAGCUGGGGAUGCUUUGCACUACAACAAAUAUUAUAACCAUGACCAAAAAUUCUUUACUACCCCAGAUAAAGACAAUGACAGGUAUCAAGGAGGAAACUGUGGAGCUUACUAUAGUUCUGGGUGGUGGUUUGAUGCAUGUUUGGCUGCUAAUCUAAAUGGCAAAUAUUACCACAAAAGUUACAAAGGUGUUCGUAAUGGGAUUUUCUGGGGAACUUGGCCUGGUGCAUCUAAUGACAAUAUAAAUAGUUACCGACAAGCUUUUAAAAAGGUUAAAAUGAUGAUGAAACCCAACGGCUUUGUCCCAUGAAUCAACAAAAAAUAAUACUUUCUCCACAGAAUUGGCACUUUUUGUAGCACGAGUGCAAUUUAAAAAAUAUCCUGCCAUGUUUCAUUUUUAAUAUCUUUUUUCUUGAGAAAACUUCUCUCCUCAAAGCACACUGAUACCUUUCUCCUUGUAGAAAUCUGAAUAUGCAGGGAACAGUUUAUGGUGCGUUUUUUUUUGUUUUUGUUUUUUUGUGGUAGCAAAUAGUGUUUCAGCCUGAUCCAUAAACUACUAUUGUGAGAA